UGUUUGUUGUGUGUCAGGCCCUGUUCUAAAGCACUUUUGCCUGUGGAAGUCCAUGUGAUGCUCCUAGUAACCCUGUACGCGGUUAUUAUUCUCAUUUCACAGGUACAGGAAGGGAGACAGAGGCUGUGACUGCACACACAGGAGGUAAGAAGUGACCUAAAGCCACAAGUCUGGCUCCAGCCCGAGUUCUGCAUGCUCCACACCGCGGGGACACCAGCCAGAGGGAAGGACUAGAGGGGCUGGGGCGGGUCCUGGCUUCUUCCAAGAGGAGACACUUCUCCAGCCCUUGGAAGGCUGGAACCAGAGGACGCAGGCAGUGGCCCUGGAGGAGGGCCUGACCCCGGCUGUGUGGACGGGUCAGUGAUCCCCGGCGAGGCUCUCAGCCUCGGACCCUGCCCAGCCCCAGCCAUGCGGUGACCCUGGCUGGCAUAGACGGAGGGCUGGCCUCUCGGAGGUCUGCAGCAGCGGCUCCUCCUAUCCCUCCUCCCCUACCCGCCACCCCUCCCUGAAUCACAAAGCCAGACCCCAGUCCUGACUAUUGCUCAACCCCCAGGAGCCAGUUCCUGUGGGCAGCGCCUGACUGCCCGACCCUCUCCUUUCUGCAGUUCAAGGGAAAGACGGGAUCUUGCACAAGGCACUCUGCGUCUGCCUCCGCCAGGGCAGGCUGCCAUGGGACCUCUUGGGCUGCUCCUGCUCGUCCUGCUCUCUGUCACAGAGCUGACCCGAGGCCUCAACACCACGGUGCUCCGGGGCCUGGCAGGCCAGUCCCUGCGCGUGUCCUGCCCCUAUGACUCCCGGAAGCACUGGGGGCGCCGCAAGGCCUGGUGCCGCCAGCUGGACGCCGAGGGCCCCUGCGGGCGGGUGGUGAGCACCCACAGCUCCUGGCUGCUGUCCUUCCUGAAGAUGCGGAACGGGAGCACGGCCAUCGCGGACGAUGGGCUGGGCGGCACGCUCACCGUCACACUGCGGAACCUCCAGGCGCAGGACGCCGGCCUCUACCAGUGCCAGAGCCUCCGUGGGGGCGAGGCCGACACCCUCAGGAAGGUGCUGGUGGAGGUGCUGGCCGACCCCCUCGAUGGCCAGGACCCCGGUGAGCUCUGGACCCCCGAGCAGUCCCAGAGCUUUGAGGACGUCCAGGUGGAGCACAGCAUCUCCAGGAGCCUCCCGGAAGAGAUCCCCUUCCCACCCACCUCCAUCCUCUUCCUCCUGGCCUGCAUCUUUCUCGGCAAGCUGCUCGCGGCCAGCGCCCUCUGGGCUGCAGCCUGGCGUGGGCAGAAACAGGGGACACCCCCGGCCAGUGGGCCUGACUGUAGCCAUGACCCAGGUGACCAGCUCCAGACUGUGGCCAUGACUGGGCUGAGAGACACCUGAGAGGAAAGGACCCCACGUGAACAAGACGCCUGGAGAGGUCUGCGGGAACCACCCUGCCUGUGCACUCGCCCCUCGGCCACCAAGACUCCUGGUUCUGCUUUGGCAAAACACCACUUUGCCUGUCCUCUGCUUCCCCGGGCCCAGGGCUGUGUGUGUGUGUGUGUGUGUGUGUGUGUGUGUGUGUGUGUGUGUGUGAGAUGGACAGCAAACAUUCUCACAAAUAAAUCUGAGACUUCAUGUUUAACUGGU